GCGGGCCGCAGAGAGAUUAACAGGGAUGGCGUUGCCAAGAUCACGCGCAAUGCAUUGAAACCGCUCCUAACAUGCGAAACCUCGACCACAGCAGCGGCCACCACUACUACCCAGAGACUCUCUCUCGCCUCCAGAAGCGAUCCAAUCCAUCCAUCCGACCUUGCACUUCAGGGGCGAACUCUCUCCUCCGCAUUCUUAUCCUCAUCUCUCACGUGCAUCCAUCCAGCAAUGGCCGGCCGCUUCGUUCGAGCGUCCAAGUAUCGCCACGUCUACGGACAGAGCUCAAAGAAGGAACAAUGCUACGAUAACUUGCGCAUUUCGAGAAACGCCUGGGAUACCAACCUGGUCAAGGCCAACCCGGAGUACAUCUCUGUCAAUUGGGAGGCUGCCGGAGGUGGCGCCUUCGCCGUUAUCCCCAUCAACGAGAAGGGUCGCGUGCCUGAACAAAUUCCAUUGUUCCGCGGCCAUACCUCUGCUGUCUUGGACACUGACUGGAGUCCUUUCAACGAUUCCCUCAUCGCCUCGGCCUCCGACGAUGGCAAGGUCAUGAUCUGGAAAGUGCCCGAGAACUUCUCCCUGUACAGCGAUGCCGAGGAGCCUGCCGACGUCGCCCCCUCCCUCAAGUUGACCGGCCAUCUGCGAAAAGUAGGCCACGUCUUGUUCAACCCCGCCGCUGAAAACGUCCUCGCCUCCGCGUCCGGCGAUUACUCUGUGAAACUAUGGGAUGUGGAAGCGGGACAAGCCAAGCUGGCCUUGAAACAUAAGGACAUUGUGCAGUCAUUGUGCUGGAACGCAGAAGGUUCGCUGCUCGUGACCACCAGUCGCGACAAGAAGCUCCGCGUGUGGGAUGUGCGACAGGAAACUCCUGCCUACGAGGUGCCUGGACACGAGGGCGCAAAGAACAGCCGAGCGGUAUGGCUAGGCGAGCAUGACCGUAUCGCCACCACUGGUUUCUCGCGCAUGAGUGAUCGUCAAUUGGCUCUGUGGGACGCGCGCAACCCAGGCAACGGCCCCAUUGGAGGCUUCACCACUUUGGACUCCAUCUCUGGUGUCUGCAUGCCUUUCUGGGAUGACGGCACUCAGUGCUUGUACCUGGCCGGAAAGGGUGAUGGCAACAUCCGUUACUUCGAAUACGAGAACGACAAGUUUGAGUACCUCGCGGAAUACAAGUCUGGCGAGCCUCAGCGCGGUGUUGCCUUUAUGCCAAAGCGUGGAGUCAACCUUCACGACAACGAAGUCCUGCGUUGCUUCAAGACUGUCAACGACAGCUAUAUCCAGCCUAUUUCGUUCAUUGUUCCCCGCAGAGCAGAAAUGUUCCAGAGCGACAUUUACCCACCUACAACGGGUAAGAGGGCUGGUGUAUCUGGACCGGAAUGGUUUGGCGGUAAAACAUCCUUACCACCCAAGAUCUCGCUGGAAAGUGUUUAUGAGGGUGAAGCGCCAAAGGAAGUCCCGGCAGAACCCAGGGCCCAAACCUCGACACCAGCUGCUGUUGAGCCUCCCAAACCAGUCGCGAAACCUACCCCUGCGCCUGCUCCAGCUCCGGAGCCUGUAGUGCGCAGCCCGCCUCCCACAAUGAACGACAACAAGGCUUCCCUGGCCUCGCAGGCUUCUAAGUUUGCCGACAAGGAUGAGGACGCAUCAGACGAAGAGACCAGUAGCUUCGAAGAAGUUGCCAAACCUGUGCAGCGUCCCUCUGCUGCCGCUACACGACAGGAGGAGAAACCACGCGAGGUGCCAUCAGAAACACGAGCUCCCAGCGCGCCUGUAAAGAGCUCACCCUUGCCGUCGGAACCAACGCCUGCACCGACCGCGGCGCCUACGAGCACUUCCACACCCGCACCAACGGCCUCGGGCGCUGCAGCUGGUUUAAAGGACGUUUUGGCUGACAUCAAGACUACGCUCGCGACGCAGACCGGUACACUUGAGCGUCAAAACCAGGUCAUGUCGGACCAAUCCGAUCAGAUCGCUCUCCUCAUGCGCGAAGUCAGCCAGCUCAAGACGAAACUCAACCAGAGCUCGGACCGCGAAAAAGACGAGCGGAUCCGAGAAUUGGAGCUUGAACUGGAGGAAGCGAGGUCUUGAGCCACUCAAGACUUUUCCUCGAGUUGAGCGAUUGCGCGCUAACGUGGGCCAGUGUACGGUCCGGCUGGGAUACUCACUAUUUCCGCGAAAUGGAGGUGGUGAGUCCCAGGCCUCGACGCCGAACACGUCCAUGCUUUUGGCUUAACACGGAAUGCACGUUUCCAUCGAAUGUACAAUGAGACGACGGUCGCCUGGGUUGGAUUGCUCUUCUGAUAGCGUUUUGGGUUGUAU